UGUGUUGCCAUAGAAACGUUUAAACCACACGCUGAGGCUCGACUGGACGGAAAGUGCAUUGUUUACUUAGCAACACUAGAUUCUCAAGCGUUGUUUUGACUGGACUAUGCUGUCCUGUUAUGGACAUGUAUUUGUCCCAGAUUCAGAGUUUCAGACUGGCAGCUGUACUGGAGGAGUGCUCAGACCAGUUGGACAUACUGGAACAUGCUCUGACGAUCCAGAUCCACAGGGAGUGCAGCACUGAAGAGCGACAGGCCAAAGUAAAAAAGGUGAAACGAGACUGUCACUAUAUCUCACAGCAGGUGUCCAAAUUACAAGGUGAGCUGGAAGAGAAGCAGAGCUUCAGCUGUCUGCUACAGGUAGUGCACGGACAGGACCAGGAAAAGAAUGCAGAGAGCAGCAAAAGAGAAGCAAAGAAGGAGAUGGAGAAGAGGAGACGGACGUUACCAAAGCAACAAGCGGAGCUCCAGCAGAAAGCAAAUCAACUGAAGGAACUGCAAACACUGUAUGAGGAUGUCAAAGAGCGGCUGCAUCAGCUGAAUGAGUCAAACGCUGAAAGGAAGAGUCUUGAGGAGAGAAACAUUGAGCAGCAGAUCCAGAAAACUCAAAAUGAGAUGAGGGAAGCUGAGAAGCGACUUGAAGACCAAGUACAGGUGCUGAAUGAUCACUUGAAGCUGCAAGAGAGAGUUCAUGAAGAGUCAAUAAAAUUCCUGAAGAAACAACAUCAGGAGUUGCAAGAUCAGCUGCAACAGUGGCAGGAGUGCACGGAGCAGAACAUGCAGGAGAAGGAGCAGCAUCUCACCAGCACGCGUUACAGACGAGCAACCAACUUGGAGAAACUGACUGCAAUGCAGAAGAAGUACAGCGAGAUGGAAGAGGUGGUGAAAGAAGAAUGGGAGGAGCAGGAGAGACUUCGCCAGCUGGAGCUUAGGAAAAAAGCUUCAAUCAAGGUACAGGCUUGGUGGAGAGGUUGCAUGGUCCGCAAAGGCUUCGGCAUUUAUAGGAAAGUGGAAGACAAGAAAGGCAAAAAGAAGAAGAAGAAGGAAGGAAAGAAGAAGAAGAAGAAAUAAGUCCCAUACUUGUUCCUGUUUACUGUAAUACUUUUCAUAUUGUGAAAUAAAAUAAUGGUUCUUCAAUCACACCUAAAUUGUUUUCGUUCAAAAAUAUUUUAGUGGCACAUAACAAAAUUCCCCCUUUGGAAACCUAAUGUAACUAGUAGUAAAGCAAACGAUUUAGUUUUUAAUUGUGAGGUCAUUUGGUGUGUUUUGGUGUUGAUUGUUUCCUUGAACGCCCACAUGCAGGGAGGUAGAUCAGGCUUGUGCAGAAUUCCGAAUUUGGAACUUAAUUUUAAAUCAUUUAAAGAAUGGGAAUAUGAAUACAGUCCCUUGUUUAUCACUGUUAAUUGGUUCCAGAGAUGGCUGCGAUAAAUGCAUUCCCGCAAUAUAUACAUAUAUAUAGUUUUUACCUCUGUUUGAAACCAAUCAAACCAGCGUAAAAUACAACAGCAGAGACCCCGGACUGUUGAACGACUGAAGCUCUACAUAAAACAAGAAUGGGAAAGAAUUCCACUUUCAAAGCUUCGACAAUUAGUUUCCUCAGUUCCCAAACAUUUAUUGAGUGUUGUUAAAAGAAAAGGUGAUGUAACACAGUGGUGAACAUGCCCUUUCCCAACUACUUUGGCACAUGUUGCAGCCAUGAAAUUCUAAGUUAA